AUGGAUGGCAGUAGUUCUAAAUAUCAUGAGCCAGAAAGAAAUACAUUUCUAUCACGGGUUUUCGGUCCCCACUCUACUGAAGGAAACUCAAUGGGCAAUACCGAAAUGACCCAGAUACAAGCUAGCGAGCAGUCUUUUGUCCAAAGCGGCGGCAUGAGAAUGAUAGAAUCAGAUCAGGGUAGUUCCUCAGAUGACGACGCCUCUUUUGAGCGGGAAGAAGAUGACAGUAGGGUGCGCGCAUUUCAUGGGAUCCAAAGCGUGGUUCUUGACGCUGACUCUGACGCAGGAAGCUCGAGUGGUGCUGGCUCUAUCGCUUCAGUUCAAAAGUUGGGUCAAGGCGCAGAUAGUGAUAGUGAGUACCAAGAAAGACGGCCAGGGGCCGAGGAAGAUAACAAUGACGAGGAUUCACCGUUAUUUCGACAGAACCUGAAAUCCCUUGAUUUCAAAAGCCCUUCCCCCGUACCGGCUGGACCGUCCGUAGGGUUUGGACCAGAAGUCUCGGAUCGGCGCGCUUUCAAAAGCAAGUUCAUCGACAAGCAUACACAGUUUCUAAAACUCGGCAAGGACGAGGCAGAGGCUGAAAGUUUUCUGUUUCGGAAGAAUUCAGCGUGGGAUGAGGAAAAUCAGCAGCCUAAGGCUCAGACUAAUGUUCCUCGUAUAUUCGGAAAUUUUGCCGCCAUUGGCAACACACCUGCGGCUAGGCUUCACACACUGAGCCCGCGGGAAAGGGCUCUAUGGAAAUGGGCAAACGUGGAGAACCUCGAUAUUUUUUUGCAAGAGGUUUACAAUUAUUAUUUGGGGAACGGAUUUUAUUGUAUUUGCAUAGAGAAAGCACUCAAUAUAGCUACGUUGCUCUUUGUGGUUUUUAUAUCUACUUUUAUGGGUUGCUGUAUUGACUAUUCGAAGCUUCCUCACAGCACCAAAAUAUCAGAGGUGUACGUUCACAAGUGUUACUCCACUCAGAUAUCCGGUACUACAAAGGUUCUUCUGUGGGGAUUCUACAUUUUCGUAGCGCUUAAAGUCGCACAGUUCUACUUUGACGUUCGAGCCCUCAGAGAUAUUCACAACUUUUACUCCUUCCUUCUCAAUAUAUCAGACAAGGAAUUGCAGACCGUUUCUUGGCAAAAAGUGAUCAAACAAAUUAUGCUAUUGAAAGAUCAAAACGCUGUUACUGCAAACGUUGCAGAGGUCAAAGCAAAAAACCGUAUUGAUGCUCACGAUGUUGCCAACCGAAUCAUGAGGAGGGAAAACUAUCUUAUUGCCCUAUUUAACAAUGACAUUCUGGACCUAACAUUACCAAUUCCUCUCUAUCGAACAAGCACUUUGACAAAAACGCUGGAGUGGAAUUUGAAUCUUUGCAUUAUAGGCUUCGCCUUUAACGAAUCUGGGUAUCUCAAGCAGAGCUUUUUAAAAUCCUCACAAAGGUCUUACCUUGAAGAAGAAUUACGAAAAAGAUUUAUGCUAGCAGGGUUCCUGAACAUAAUUCUUUCGCCAUUCCUUGUUGCUUAUUUCAUUCUUCUUUACUUCUUCAGAUACUUCAACGAAUACAAAACGAGUCCCAGCGCGCUGAGCUCCCGGCAGUAUACUCCAAUUGCAGAAUGGAAGUUCAGAGAGUAUAACGAACUUUACCAUCUUUUUCAAAAGCGGCUAGGCCUUAGUGUUGAAGUAGCAAAUAACUACAUCGAUCAGUUUCCAAAGGAAAAGACAAACAUAAUCAUGAAGUUUAUUGCGUUCGUUUCCGGCUCGUUUGUCGCAAUUUUGGCUCUUCUAACUGUUUUUGACCCUGAGAAUUUCCUCAACUUUGAAAUCACAAAAGACAAAUCGGUUUUGUUUUACAUCAGUGUAUUCGGUACAGUCUGGGCGAUUUGCAAAAACUCUGUUUCCGGGCAGUACAGAGUUUUUGACCCCGAAGAGUCUCUCCGAGAGGUGGUAAGCUACUUGCACUAUAAGCCAAAAGAAUGGGAGGGAAAGUACCAUACUGAAGAUGUCAAGCAAGACUUUUGCAAAUUGUUCAAUCUUAGGGUGAUAUUAUUGCUACGUGAGCUGGCGAGUUUGGUGAUGACGCCAUUCAUCCUAUGGUUUUCUUUACCUAAGUCGUCUGGUAAAAUUGUGGAUUUCAUGAGAGAGGUUUCGGUCUAUGUUGAUGGUUUGGGAUAUGUUUGCAAAUAUGCCACCUUUGAAGUCCAAGGCCGCCAUCAUGACGCGAAAAGUCGCGCAUCCCGUAUUAUAAAAAACCAUCAAAAUUUUGAUGCCCCUCAGGGGUACGAUGAAAGUGAGCACAGCUCCGCGUCAGAUAGUGAAGAUGAUGAUAAGAGUGUGAACAAAAUGAUGCGCUCAUACAUGUACUUCUUGGAUAGCUAUCAAAAUAACGAUAAUGAAGUGGGAAAGCAUCAGCUGCCUAAAAGCGGCCGCAAUGGAAAGGGUCCCGGCAAUGUAGAUUGGUUGAAUACGAAUUACUCUUGGAAGAGGCAAUUUCAACCAGGGCAACGUCCUGGAGACUUCCAGGGCAAUAAUGUGGGUUAUUCGUCUAGCAUGCCAACAGGUACAAAAGAUCCUGUCACCAAAAGGUCGUCAGAAUUUAAAGCCGACUCUCGUAGUACGGGAAGGGGGCAGACACGUUUUGACAGUUCUCUCGGAGAAUCCUUUAUCAAUUCUGUUCCUCUUGGCGAAUACAGGCACCUUGACAGAGCUGAAGAAGUACCCGGUGGUAAUGGCGUACUUGGCCUUCUAAAUCAAUAUUAUAAAAAGUCAGAUGUUGGUAGGUAA